UAAACACAAAAAGGUUCAACGAGAAAGAUAGAUAUAUAACCACAGAAAAAAGAAGAAGAAGAAAAAGUCUCUCUUCCAAAAAUGGCAAUUAGGGUUUCCAACAAGUCUCUCCUCGUGGCACUUCUUCUCAUACUCUUCAUUUCUUCUCCUACUCAAGCACGAAGCUUACGAGAAAUUGUGAGGAAGAGAACGGUAUUGGUUGUGGAGAAGGGUCAAGAGAGUCAGAAACUAAGGCACGAAGGUGGAGGAAGUGAUAUUGAUGGAUUAGUGGAUAUGGAUUAUAAUUCUGCGAACAAGAAAAGACCGAUACACAAUCGCUGAUAAAUAAAAAGAUGAGCUUAUGGAAUUCUUGUGAGAUAUCCUGAGAUCCAAAGAUAUCCCGAGAUUCUAUAUCUUUUUAAGGAGUGAGAGAUUGUAUUUUAUGAAAAAAAAUAAAAAAGAAAAAAAAAGUGAGAAAUGCAUGUAAACUAUUAUUAUUUAUAUGAACAUAUAUAAAUAUAUAGACGAGUUUGUACGCGUAUGCAUGUGUAUGUGUACAGCCUUUAUCUCGUGAGAACAUUUUUACAUAAUAAUCAUAGUUUGUGUGUGUGUGUGUUAUGUAUGGAUUGCAUCAUGGAUUGUUGUUUGUGAAAUAAAGGUUAAUAAUUAUAUGUAGGUG